GUCACUCCGGGCCAGUACCCGAGGCGCACGGUCACCACGGUCCGGGCCAGCACCCUGGGUGCACGGUCACCACGGGCCGGGUCAGCACCGGGCAGCGCUGUCUUCACGGGCCCGGCCAGCACCGGACAGCGCGGUCACCACGGGCCGGGCCAGCACCGGGCAGCGCUGGCCACCACGGGCCGGGCCAGGCAGUGCGGUCACUGGGCGCCGGCCGCCCCGGGGGAACGCUGUUCUGCAGGCCAGGACGUGGCGUGGGGCCCGAGGGGGACCCGGCCGGGGUUCCGGGACGGACACAGCGCCUUGCAAAAGUGUGCCGCGCAGAAAGGGCAUGUCCACGUCUCGGUUUGGGGGCUCAGGCCGAGAAGAAGGACAGUUACCUUGGGGUCUAGAGGAACCCGAAAACAAACGCCUGGAUGAUUUGGAGCCAGGUUGGAAAUGAGCCGAGGCUUAUGGAUUUGUUGAGCUCCUGCUUGACUCGACUUUCCAAGAGGGAACGCAGAGGUGGAAGAAGAGAAAUAAGUUAUUUCGAAAUUCAGCCACAUGAUCUGUCGGGAUGGACAUUUGUCUGACAUAUUAUAUGGAGUUUUAUGCCGAUGUUCUUCGUAUUUAUCACACUUCAGAUUCAUUGAACUUGUAAGAUUUGUAGAUUUGAUUUAUUUUACAAAAUAAAAUUUGGGGAGUUUUGAUUUUAUUAAACUUUUUUCCCUGCACCUUCCCUGCACUCUCUGGGACCCCAAGAAUGUUGGAAUUGGAUGGCGUAAGUGAUUAAGAUGGUAGUGAGGGUCUGAAGCCUGUGACAGGCAGAAACUCAGCCAUGGUUACUUUUCCAACUCCAGAGCUUUCCCCUGCCCUGCUUUGAAGUCUUCGUUUGACCUUAGUUUGAGGCAGUUGCACUUAAGCAUGAACAUUGACGACAAACUGGAAGGAUUGUUUCUUAAAUGUGGCGGCAUAGACGAGAUGCAGUCUUCCAGGGCAAUGGUCGUGAUGGGCGGCGUGUCGGGCCAGCCGGCCGUGGCUGGAGAGCUGCAGGAGUCGGUCCUUCAGGACCGGAGCAUGCCUCACCAGGAGAUCCUCGCAGCGGACGAAGUGCUGCAGGAAAGUGAAAUGCGACAGCAGGAUAUGAUACCACAUGACGAGCUCAUGGUGCACGAGGAGACGGUGAAAAACGAUGAGGAGCAGAUGGAAACCCACGAAAGGCUUCCACAGGGGCUCCAGUACGCACUUAAUGUCCCCAUAAGUGUAAAGCAGGAAAUUACUUUUACUGAUGUAUCUGAGCAACUGAUGAGAGACAAAAAACAAAUCAGAGAGCCAGUAGACUUACAGAAAAAGAAGAAACGGAAACAACGUUCUCCUGCAAAAAUCCUUACAAUAAAUGAGGAUGGAUCACUUGGUUUGAAAACCCCUAAAUCUCACGUUUGUGAGCACUGCAAUGCUGCCUUUAGAACGAACUAUCACUUACAGAGACACGUCUUCAUCCACACAGGUGAAAAACCAUUUCAAUGUAGUCAAUGUGACAUGCGUUUCAUACAGAAGUACCUCCUCCAGAGACACGAGAAGAUCCACACCGGUGAAAAACCAUUUCGCUGUGAUGAAUGUGGUAUGAGGUUCAUACAAAAAUAUCAUAUGGAAAGGCAUAAGAGAACUCACAGUGGCGAAAAACCUUACCAGUGCGAAUACUGUUUACAGUAUUUUUCCAGAACAGAUCGUGUAUUGAAGCAUAAGCGUAUGUGCCAUGAAAACCAUGACAAAAAACUAAAUAGAUGUGCCAUCAAAGGUGGCCUUCUGACAUCUGAAGAAGAUUCUGGCUUUUCAACAUCACCAAAAGAUAACUCACUGCCAAAAAAGAAAAGGCAGAAAACAGAGAAAAAAGCAUCUGGGUUGGACAAAGAGAGUGCUUUGGACAAAUCUGACUUAAAGAAGGACAAAAACGAUUACUUGCCCCUCUAUUCUUCAAGUACUAAAGUAAAAGAUGAGUACAUGGUAGCAGAGUAUGCUGUGGAGAUGCCACAUUCUUCUGUUGGGGGGUCGCAUUUAGAAGAUGCAUCAGGAGAAAUACACCCACCUAAGUUGGUUCUCAAGAAAAUAAAUAGUAAGAGAAGUCUGAAACAGCCACUGGAGCAAAAUCAAACCAUUUCUCCUUUACCCACAUAUGAAGAGAGCAAAGUUUCCAAGUACGCGUUUGAGCUCGUGGACAAGCAGGCGCUGUUGGACUCGGAAGGCAAUGCCGACAUCGACCCUGUGGACAACUUACAGGAGGGGCCCAGCAAGCCUGUGCACAGUAGCACCAACUACGACGACGCCAUGCAGUUUCUGAAGAAGAAGCGAUACCUUCAAGCAGCAAGUAAUAACAGUCGGGAGUAUGCACUCAAUGUUGGUACCAUAGCUUCUCAGCCUUCCGUCACCCAAGCAGCUGUAGCGAGUGUCAUUGACGAAAGCACCACAGCCUCCAUUCUAGAUUCCCAGGCGUUGAACGUGGAGAUUAAGAGUAAUCAUGACAAAAAUGUUAUUCCGGAUGAAGUACUGCAGACUCUGUUGGAUCAUUACUCUCAUAAAGCUAAUGGACAGCACGAGAUAUCGUUCAGUGUUGCGGACACUGAGGUUACUUCUAGCAUAUCAAUAAAUUCUUCUGAAGUACCUGAGGUUACCCAGUCGGAAAAUGUCGGAUCAAGUUCUCAAGCAUCCUCCUCAGAUAAAGCCAACAUGUUGCAGGAGUACUCAAAGUUUCUGCAGCAGGCUUUGGACAGAACUAGCCAAAAUGAUGCCUAUUUGAAUAGCCCGAGCCUUAACUUUGUGACUGAUAACCAGACCCUCCCAGCUCAGCCAGCGUUCUCGUCCAUCGACAAGCAAGUGUAUGCAGCCAUGCCCAUCAACAGCUUCCGAUCAGGAAUGAAUUCUCCACUAAGAACAACUCCAGACAAGUCCCACUUUGGACUGAUAGUUGGUGAUUCCCAGCACUCAUUUCCCUUUUCAGGUGAGGAGACCAACCAUGCUUCAGCCACAUCCACACAGGACUUUCUGGAUCAAGUGACUUCUCAGAAGAAAGCGGAGGCCCAGCCUGUCCACCAAGCUUACCAAAUGAGCUCCUUCGAACAGCCCUUUCGUGCUCCCUACCACGGAUCAAGAGCGGGAAUAGCUGCCCAGUUUAGCACUGCCAAUGGACAGGUGAACCUUCGGGGACCAGGCACAAGUGCUGAAUUUCCAGAAUUCCCCUUGGUGAAUGUAAAUGAGAAUAGAGCUGGGCUGACGUCCUCACCUGAUGCCACGACUGGCCAGACGUUUGGCUAAAAACAAAAGUGUAAAUAAUCUUGGCACUUUAGAACAGAUUAAUCAAGAGCGGGGUUACUCUGUGUAAAAUGGAGUGCUGUACAGAUUAAAGAGCGAUGUGUUAUAACAAGUUAAGCUGACAUGAAUAGCAAGAUAAUCCAGUAACUGCAUUUUGUUGGUUAGUCAGCAUCCUUUGAACUGCCUUACAUGUCGUCAACUCCAUAGAAGCAAUGCAUAACUUGUUUUAGAUCAGAAACUUGCUAUUCCACCUACACCAAGUUAAAAGGAGAAAAAAAAGAGACUCGCACAAUUGUUUCCUAACUGAUAACAUUGUACAUUCUUAGGAGUUAGUAAUUGUGUGAAAUUUACUCAUACUGUUUCUAAGUUUUUCAGCAUAGUCAUUGCACUUCAGCAGGGAAUCUGAGUCUACUUUACACACAGAGUGAACUUAAAAGUUUAAAUGUCAAGAGAUUAUGGCUUAAAUAAUUUAGUAUGUCUAAGAGGGGAAAAGAAACCAAGAAACCACCUUUUUAAAAAAAUGAUAUGCCAUAUACCCUUGAUUUUAAUUUUGCGUUAUAUUGACAUGUUUUUUUUUUUUGAGAAAAAAGUAAUAAAAAUCUCUUAGUCCAAGACUCCACUAUUUAAAAGCCUAAUUACUUUUAAAAUAUGCAUACUUUCAAAACUUCUACCAAAAUAAUAACUGUUAAAGCAUUCACUUCUCUAUGGAAGAAUGCAUAUUGGUGUCAGUUACUUUGUACAGUUGUACCUAGAUAUUUUUUAUGAUUUUUUUCAUGUGCCGGUAUCAAGGUUUUGAAGUUUUAGUAAAAAGAAAUAUUCUGUAGAUUACAUUCCCAAGAACAUAAUGCUUACACAAAUGUAUAUCCCACGUUUUAAAGCUAAUUGUAUUUUACUUUACAUAUACACUUCAGUUAACAUAGAGCACUUAGAAACUAUUUGAUAUUUUUGAUUUCUCAAAGUUAAAAAAAUAGAUUUAUAGGUUUGAUAUGGUUGUGUCAUAAUCAUCUCAUAAUUGACAAAUAUAAUUUUUGGCAAUAAAAGAUAAUUGGGUAUCUUUGGAACUGUAAAACCUGGCUAAUCCUCUUUUUAGAAUAUUGAUAGAUUGGAUAAUUAAACAGUAUCCAGAGAAACUAAAGAACCGGGCAUUUUAAUUGCUUAUUUUAUCUUGCGUUACUUUUUAAUGAACACUGCUCAUGGCAAUUUUACAAACCAAAAGUGUUUACUAAUUCUAGUAACUGCAAUUUCUUUUUCAGCUAGAUGAGUGAUCGGAGACUUUUUGUUGCAUUUCAAAAUCUAAAUAAACUACAGACUUUAUCCUUAUAUCAUGAAUGUUUUUUUUUUUUAAUACCUUGUCUUAAAAUAAUACAGCAUGGUACAAUAAAUAGUGCUUUUAUAUGUACAUGUAUAUAUAUACUUUUCUGAAGAAUGAUGGUUUGAGUUACACAUUGGAGAGUUUUGAUUCUUAGAAAUUAUUAGUUGUUUAAUUACUGAUUUUAUUCUCUUAAAUUUGUUUCAAUUAUUUGGUUUUUUAUUUUUGGAUUUCCACCAUCUUAUGUCACAGUGCAUAGACCCAUACAGCAUCAGUGAUACCCUAAAAUUAAUACUCUUGGUAGAUGAAACCUGAUUGUUGUUGAUUUUCUUUUUAAUUUUCAUGUGACCUUAUAGACUUGCAGUCCUUGUUUCCAUAUAGAGUGUUAUGAGUUUAAAUUAUUUUUGUCUUUUAUUUAAUAUUAUCCCAAGGCUUUUCUCAUAAAGAAAGGGAACAAAGAAAUAGUCAUCUUUAACAUCUUUCACAUUUAUUUUGAAUAUAUUGGUAUUUUAUGAUAAGGGAUAUAACUAAUGUUUAUUAUGGUUUCCUCUACACUUGGUUAUUAAGCUUUGCUUGAAGAUUAAUUUUUCCAUUUGUUGGCUUUGCUGCCAAAAUUUUCAAGUUUUUUUUUUUUUUUUUUUACUUCUUUAGAUAUUUGAAGUUCUGCCAUUAUUGACUCUUCAGAAUGAUGUGUCUUGUGUUGUACAUCACAGUUGCAAACAUCACAAUUGCAAGAAGGCUUAAACUCAGAUGAGAGGGCAAAUAGAGCUGUGCUCACCUUCAGUAGGCAUCUAUAUUUUCCUCGUUCUGCUUUUGAUGGUAGUCAGCUUGUGUGUCUGACUUAAUUUUGUUUUGAUUCUGAUCAAGAGUUUUAUUCCUUUGAAAACUUGAUGUCCUUUUUGAUGUACAAUAAGCCCAUUGUUCAUUUGAACAUCACCAGCACAGGUCUUAGAAUGUGACUCAACUGCAUGGCAGUUAGAAAUUUUUAAGAAAGCAGCAUUGAAAAGGCAGUGAUGCAUGCAGAACUUCAGGUGUUUUGUUCUGUCUUCAGCACACUUCUUUAAAUCUACUUAAUGGCAGACUUUUCUACCGCGUUAGAAGCAUUUUUCAAAUAAAUGCUACUUCAGCCUGACUUUAUUGAUUUACCAUUUAAAUAAAGUUAUCAUUCUUACUGUGAAAUUCUAAAUGCCUACCAGAGUUACCUUAUAUUAUCAUCAUAUGAUAAACGUCUCGAGACUUUGGGUUUCCCCCACUUGGUUCAGAAAGUUAUUUAGUUUCUAUUUGGGCAUUAGUAGAAAAAGCUAGUGGCCUCUGUGCUCCUUCAGAUUGGAAUAUUGAGGCUGAGAUCCUGGUCCUUGUGUCUCUCAGUGAACAAAUGUUCUAUAGAAAUGUGCUCUUGUAUCCUUGACUUCCUGUCAGUGUGAGUGAGACGAGGACCUACUCUCGUUGUUGAAAGAUUAUCUUGUGAACAGAUUCUAAAUGGUUUUGUGUGUGUUUGUUUGUUUGUUUUCUCAAUUGUACGUGUUUUAUUUGUUUCGGGACACUUAAGUGGCUUUUAAGUUUAGUUGAUCUAUUUACAUAUAUUCUCCUUAAUACCAUACAACUCCAUUCUUUCAUCUCUCCAUAGGACUGUCAGUGGUUCGUAAUUUUUCUUUUUUGAGAGGCAGACGACGCCUUGCACUCAGGGUAGAGUUCAUUUCCACAGGUGAGAGAAAUCGGCAAAGUGCCAAGUAGGCUACAUUUCCUGUUUCUUUUUUUCCUUGUUCCUGCCACUUCUAUCAUUUCAUUAAUUCGGGUUUUUAAAGGGCUGUUUUAAAAAAAAAAAAAAGCCGGGAAACUUCAAAAGUAGGCAUUACUAUAGUACUGCAUUUUUUAGGAUCUUUUAAGUAGAACUUGUUCUUCACAGUAUAGUUACUUGAAGCACUAUUAUAAUCAUUGAGAAACUUCUUGACUCUACAAUUUAAUUUAGCCUUUUUUCUGUUUCAAAUUAUUUUUAUUUCAGGGAAAUAAUUUCCAGUUGUUUUUUGCUAUAUUCUGCAAAUAAAAAACACGUUACCUUUUUUUUUUCCAUUUCGGUAGGAAACAAACUAAAGCAGACAAACGUUUCUUGUUCUGUUUGUUGCUUUCUUUAAUCCAAUGGAUAAAGUAAAACCCUGUAAACAUUAUUUUAUUUUUUUAUGCAAUACCAUGCUGUAAAUAUGGUUCAUCAAAUAGGAUGUACCUAUGAUUGAAUCUUUAAUUCUGCACAGUUAGAGUUUAUAUAUAAACGUGUCUUGACAAUCAAGGACUUUUAUGUGAGUCUUCCUUUAUGAUGUUUAUUAAUGUUAUGCAUUCCAUUUGUUUUGAAGUGAGUACCAAUGUGCUAAUUUGUAUUUGAAAGUAUGUAAUGUUUUUACAGCUUGUUUUUAAGAACCUGUAAAUAUGUACAAACAGAUCACAGUACUGCUUUAUGUUAGGAGGCAUAUGAUGAUGUACUGUAUGUAAGCAAUAAUACAUAGCAGUGCUCACUGUACAAGUAGCAUCAGGAAAGUUCUAAAAGCAUUUCAGAGUUAUUCAUCAUCUUUUUCAUUCAAUAAUGAUGAUCUUGAAUCGGUUUUUAUAAGCAAAUUCCAUUGUUCCUCCUUUUGGAACGUAACACUGUUUACACAGCAUGAUUGAAGUCCAGGGGAGACAGGCCCCAUCUGCCCGCCCCUGCUCGCUCUCUCUCGCGCUCGCUCUCUCGCUCUCUCUCUCUCUUUCUCUCUCUCUCUCUCUCCUCUCUUCUCUCUUCUCUCUCUCUCUCUUCUCUCUCUCUCUCUCUCUCUCUCCUCUCUCCUCUCUUCUCUCUCUCUCUCUCUCCUCUCUCUUUCUCCUCUCUCCUCUCUCGGGGUGAAUGGCCUUACCGCUCCUCUGCGAGGGGCCGCAGACCCAGUGCCCGUCACACUGAAGGAAGGGGGUGUGUUUUGUCUUUUAUGGUUUUUGUUGUUUGGUUCUUUGGUUUUGUUUAGUUUUUCCCCUGCUUCUGUACUGCUACCUAACUUUGGUUUGUUUUGGAUUUAAUAUUUGUUUCUGAUUUAGAUUUGAGCCCAUAAGUUCUGAGGUGACUUCAGCUCUAUUGUGAAAUAUAGUUCUCUUCAGAUUUCAUAGCUGCAAUUCAGUAAUUCUGAACUUUCUACUUUGAUUUUUAGAUACUUAUUUUUCAAGCUUGAUUCUCAGCAGAGCAGAUGAAUUUAUUCAACUUCAAUAUAAAGAAAGACAAACCUAUUGUAGUUUGAAUUGAGUAGCUAUUAUACUGUACAGAACAGCUCACUAUUUGAACACACACAUCACUGCUUUAGAUGUAAAACCGCCAAUUUAUAAAUGUAUAUGACCUACAUUUUAUAGGAGAAAUGUUUUUAAAUGCUAGUCAUUUAUAUAAUGUGCUUUGAAGGAUUUGCUAGUCCACUUCUGUCACUUUUUAGUACACUGGUACCUUUUAUAUGUAAUGUAUGCUUUUUAUUACUGUAGCAAAGCAUUUCAGUGGAAAGAAUUUUGCAACAAUAUGGGGAAAUUUUUUCAUUGUUGGAUUUGAAUUAUACUGAAUUUUAUCUGUGUAGUCGUGUCUUUAUUUUAAUGCUGUCUGGAAGGGAACUUGGUAUCCAAAUAAAGCAGGUAACCUCAUUUUACUUCAAGGGCA